AUCUGCACGCGCUGCUCCCCCAAGGCCAAGUUCCCGGCUCGCCCGGCUCCGAGUGGGGAAGAGGGACCGAGGGCAGGGAGGGCGGCCCAGCCGCGCCGCGCCUCACGAGCUUCGUGGGCAUCACCCCUUGUCUGCUUUGAGGAAACAUGAAGUCACCGUAUCUUGUGCCUGCUGUAGCCAUACUGAUGUUCCUAACAUGGAUCCCUCUCUCACUGAGUUGUAACAAAGCUCUCUGUGCUAGUGAUGUAAGCAAGUGCCUCAUCCAGGAGCUUUGUCAGUGUCGACCUGGUGAAGGAAAUUGUUCAUGUUGUAAAGAGUGUAUGCUUUGCCUGGGCACUCUUUGGGAUGAAUGCUGCGAUUGUGUUGGUAUGUGCAAUCCUCGAAAUUACAGUGAUACACCUCCCACCUCAAAGAGCACUGUAGAAGAGCUUCAUGAACCAAUCCCAUCUCUCUUUCGUGCUCUAACAGAAGGAGGCACCCAGCUGAACUGGAACAUUGUUUCAUUCCCUGUUGGCGAAGAACUUUCCCAUCAUGAGAAUCUGGUUUCAUUUUUAGAAACUGUGAACCAACCACACCACCAGAAUGUGUCUGUUCCUAGCAACAAUGUCCAUACACCGUAUUCCAAUGACAAAGAACACAUGUGUACUGUGGUAUAUUUUGAUGACUGUAUGUCAAUACAUCAGUGUAAGAUCUCUUGUGAAUCCAUGGGAGCCUCUAAAUAUCGCUGGUUCCAUAAUGCCUGUUGCGAAUGUAUUGGACCAGAAUGUAUCGACUAUGGCAGUAAAACUGUCAAAUGUAUGAACUGCAUGUUUUGAAGAAGGAAAAGGAAUUCUAAAAUAAUAAAAUACAGACCAAAGUCAUAUUCAUUAAAGAGAAAAAGAUGGAAAGACAUCAGCUGGUGAAGUAUAUCUGUUUCAUCAGAAUGCAAGUAAUUUGGGAAGAAGAUACAAAGAAUUUUAAAUGUUUGUCACUUUAAAAAAUUGAGUAAUAAUUGAUUUUCCUAUCAUGUUUUAAGCUUCCUUUUAAUUUUAGGAAAUCAUUGAGCAUAAUCAUCCAUCUUGAUUGGCCUGUUGUUAAUUGUCAAUGAAUUUUUGCCUUAGAAUGUAUCUAAAAUCUUGAUCAGUUAUGCAAGAAGUAUAAUUGAAGAAUUCACCAGGAUAUUUCAUGUUCAUGUCAAAGACUGAUAGAUGUCAGUUUCUGUCAGUACCCCUUAACCUUUUGUUUUGAAAAUGUUAGCAGACAGACCUUAGAGUAAGGUUGGUUUAUUUUGCAGUUACUUCCCAUAUUUAAAUUUUCCUUUUCAAAAGAUUAGAAAUGUAUAAUUCACAGAAUACUGAGUUUUUAUAUAUAUGUGCAUUAUAAAUCCUAUCUCUUCCCUUUGUAUUUCCCUACAUUUAUAUGAAUGUUUGCAUAAAAACUGAAUUGAUAGACCUUUUACAAUAUAAAGAUAAGAUGAAGUAAGACUAUUAUUGAGAACAUGCUGAAUAGUAGUGAAAACAUUGGUGGAUUUCAAUAAACACUUAAUCGAAACAGGAUUCCUGUA